GAUACAUUGCGGAUUUGAUCCUCUCGAACAUGGCCAUGGACUACAUCACAGAAUAACAUCAGAUGUUGCUAAUCUAAACUGUCUGCUUUGAGUUCUACAGAUUUGUUAGUUGUAUGUUUUAGUUUAUUUAGCUUUAUAUGAAAACACCAUGUCGGUGGCGUUUGCACCUCACAGACAACGUGGAAAGGGUGAUAUAACACCCGCUGGAAUUCAAAAGUUACUGGAUGAGAACAAUCAGCUGAUUCAAUGUAUAAUGGAUUUCCAGAGCAAAGGAAAGACCGCAGAAUGUUCACAGUACCAACAAAUGCUCCACAGAAAUUUGGUUUACCUGGCCACGAUAGCAGACUCCAAUCAGAACAUGCAGUCUCUGCUCCCUGCUAAGUGUGACUCCCCUACUCCUCCAGAGGUAAAGCUUGAACCACCCACUCAGAACAUGCCCAUGGGCCCUGGUGGGAUGAACCCGAGUGGAGCGCCUGGCCCCCAGCCCCCCCACGGACACAACAUGCCCCCGGAGGGCAUGGUCAGCGGCGGCCCCACUGCCCCACACAUGCAGAACCAGAUGAACGGACAGAUGCCUGGGCCCAAUCACAUGCCCAUGCAGGGCCCCGGGCCUGGCCCCAACCAGCCUCCCAACAUGCCCGGAAGUGGCGCCAUGAACAUGCCCCCCAGCAGCCACGGUUCCAUGGGCGGCUACAACCACGCUGUGCCCUCGUCUCAGGGCAUGCCUGCCCAGGGACAGAUGAACAUGACCCAGGGACAGGGACCCAUGGGCAACUACGGCCCCCGGCCCAACAUGAACAUGCAGCCUAACCAAGGCCCCAUGAUGCACCAGCAGCCUCCCUCCCAGCAGUACAACAUGCCCCCUGGGGGUGGCGGGCAGCACUACCAGGGCCAGCAGAAUCCCAUGGGCAUGAUGGGUCAGGUCAACCCGGGCAACCAUGUCAUGGGGCAGAGGCCCAUGCCCCCUUACAGACCCCCACAGCAAGGACCCCCUCAGCAGUACCCAGGGCAGGAAGACUACUAUGGGGACCAGUACAGUCACGCAGGACAGGGAGCUUCAGAAGAGCGAGACCCAGCAGCCAACCAACAGUCCCCCUAUGAAAAAGAUCAUGGAAACGCCCAGUAUGGCCAGCAGCAGGAGGCCUACCAGCAAGGUCCUCCUCAACAGCAGGGCUACCCCCCACAGCAGCAGUACCCCGGACAGCAGGGCUAUCCUGGACAGCAACAGGGUUAUGGUCCAUCCCAGGGAGCUCCAGGCCAGUACCCUCAGGGUUACCCCCAGGGCCAGGGGCAGCAGUACGGGGCCUACCGGGGCCCCCAGCCCGGCCCCCCUCAGGCCCAGCAACAACGCCCAUACCCAGGCUACGACCAGGGACACAUGAGGAAAUAAAGACCCGGGGAUUUGAACCCCUGACUAGCUCUGUAAGAAGCAAAGGGUCAAUAUGGAAAUUACCAGCAAUGAGAGAUGGUCAUGGCAGUCAACAAGAGCCCUGCUCUGACCUCUAACCUCUAAACUCGGCUGCAGCUCACUGAGACACCCUCUCUCUCACACACGCACACACACGCACACACUUUGUGGUCCUUAUGUGAAAAGUGUAAUUUUUGUUAAUGUCGAUAAUGAGAUGAUUUUGUCCACUUCCAUCACUUCGCUUCUGGUCUGUGUUAGUCUCAAAGCAGCGAUGCCUUAAAAGGAAACAGAGCUGCCUUAUACAGAGCCCCGCAGAUGGUGAAAUGGGCAAAAAUAACAAGUUACAUUCAUUUUUGGGAUAUAACAGGACAGAAUUGUACAGAACUGAACUUCACACUCAUGUAGUGCAAUGUUUCUCCAUCCAAUAGCCCCCCGUUCAUAAGAAGCAAUAAUGCCAAUGGGAGGGGGUGGGCGGCAUGAGGAGAUCUUGCAUCUGAAACAAAAUUCUGUUAGGCCAUGGUACAUGUCAAGGUCAACAUGUGUGAUGUAAAAAUCAAUUUUAUGCUUUUUAGAUUAAGCUAACUUUGUAUAAGAAUUUGGAGACUAUCGUUGAAUAUUGUUUUUGUUUUUUCUCUCUCUUGAACUAUGUCUAUUGAUGUCAUUUUUUGUUGUUGUGAUGACAUUCUAUUCAUCCCCCAUUUUGUUUGUUCUUUUAUUUGUUCCCCCUGAAUUCUCUUUGCUUCUUCAGUGACUUGUACAAAGAAUAUGUUCUUGGGGUGAACAAAUCGGAUGCCUUGGUUUUAUGAAUGGAUUGUACACAGAAAGCCCUCAAAAACAAACAGAGAACACCCAUCUGCAUUGAAGCAUCAGUGCUGAAACAUUUCUUUGGGCAGCAGAAGCAGAACAUGACCUGUGAGUGGGGCUGAAUUCUGACUUGAGAUAUACAGUGCAUUCAGGGAAGUUAUCAGACCCCUUGACUUUUCCCACAUUUUGUUACAUUACAGCCUUAUUCUAAAACAUAAAUAGUUUUUUCCCCCUCGUCAAUCUACACAAUGGAGAUA